CUGUUUUGAAGCGGGAAGCUGCCGUUUGUUUCCGUGUUUCAGUGUACUUGCCGUCUCUGAAACAAAACAUUAGCUCUUCCUUCCCUGAACCUCGUCUGCAAUUGUAAACUUCAAAUUAAAACACAAAUUCUUAAUCUCAAUCUCCUUAAUGCCGAAAAUAACCCUCGUUUCUUUCUUAAUUCACUUUUUCACCCUUUUCCUUUUCCUCCUCAGUCAUUCCAAGUCCCAGAGCUAUGAUCAGCAGGAACAAGCAAUCCUUCUAAGGCUAAGGCAAUACUGGCAAAAUCAACCUCCUCUUAAUCAAUGGAACCCAUCAAUCUCUUCCUCUCAUUGUACUUGGCCAGGAGUCAGCUGCACCAACAGCUACGUCUCUGGACUUGAUUUUUCCAACAUGAAUAUCGCCGGACAGAUCCCACCCUUCAUUUGUGACCUCAACAACCUGACCGUUCUUGAUUUUUUUAACAACAGCUUCAGUGGAAUGUUCCCUGUGGUUCUCUUUAAUUGUUCAAAGCUCCAGUACUUGAACCUCUCUCAAAACUUCUUUGUUGGCUUCAUUCCUGAUGAUAUUGACCGCUUCUCCCGGCUCUCAUCCCUUAACCUUUCCGGCAACAACUUCACUGGUAACUUCCCAGCGGCCAUUGGGCGUUUGCAGCAGCUAAAAGAACUUCAUUUUGAUCAGAAUCUGUUCAACGGUACGUUCCCUCCUGAAAUUGGCAACUUGUCCAACCUUGAAAGGCUGUCUAUGGCCUACAACGGUUUUUUACCUUCAAGACUGCCUUCCAAUUUCAUCCAGCUAAAGAAACUCAAGUGGUUCUGGAUUUCUGAAGCAAAUCUGAUUGGUGAGAUUCCAGAGACUAUCGGAGAAAUGGUGGCACUGGAGCACUUGGAUUUAGCAGGAAAUAGACUAACAGGGAGUAUUCCCAAGAGUUUGUUGAUGAUGAAGAACUUGAGUGUGCUGUAUCUUUUCAAGAACGAGCUAUCGGGGGAGAUCCCUCGUGCUGUUGAAGCUUUGAACUUAGUUGAACUCGAUCUUUCAGAUAAUAAUUUGACGGGGACAAUACCUGAUGAUUUUGGAAAGCUUCAGAAAUUAUCACUUUUGAAGCUGUUCUACAAUCAAUUAUCUGGUGAAAUCCCAAAGAGUAUUGGUCGUCUUCCAGCAUUGAUAAAUUUUAGCUUAUUUAGCAACAAUUUAUCAGGUGUUCUCCCUCCAGAACUGGGCCGAUAUUCAAAGCUUAAACUUGUUGAUAUUGCAUCCAACAAGCUUACUGGGAGGCUGCCUGCAUUUUUAUGCAAUGGAGGAAAUUUAGUAGGAGUUGCAGCCUUCGAUAACAAUCUCAAUGGGGAGUUGCCAGAAUCGCUUGGGAAUUGCAGUAGUUUGUUUAUGGUAAGUGUUUCACGUAAUGCAUUUAGUGGAAAUAUUCCUGUUGGUCUAUGGACAGCUUUCAAUUUGACAUAUCUGAUGUUAAGCGAUAAUUUGUUCAUGGGUGAGCUUCCUAAUGAAGUAUCAGGGAAUCUUUCUAGGCUAGAGAUCAGUAACAACAAGUUUUCUGGUAAAAUUCCUACUGGAGCUUCUUGGAGGAAUCUUGUGGUUUUUAAUGCCAGUAACAACCUGUUUUCUGGCACAAUCCCUCAAGAAUUAACCGCUCUUUCUCGUCUUACUACUCUUUUGCUUGAUAGGAACCAACUCAGUGGAUCCCUUCCUUCUGAUAUAGUCUCAUGGAAGUCAUUAACUACUCUAAAUAUGAGCCGAAAUCAACUUUCUGGACAAAUCCCAGAGGAAUUCGGUUCUCUACCUAAUCUUCUCGAACUUGACUUUUCUGAGAACCAAUUUUCAGGCCAAAUUCCACCUCAGUUUAACUCCCUGAAGUUUACUUUUCUCAAUCUCUCUUCCAAUCAUCUCACAGGGGAAAUCCCAAUCAGUUUAGAAAACGCUGCUUAUAAUACCAGCUUCUUGAAUAAUCCUGGUCUCUGUACCAAAAGUUCAUUGCCAAGCCUUAAUGUCUGCAAUUUCAAUACUCAAAAAUCAAGCGAAAAAUCAACCAAACCCAUAGCUCUGAUAUCAAGUGUGUUGGCAACAGCCUUUGUCUUGGCUUCGCUACUCUCAUUCUUGGUGAUUAGACUUUACCAAAAGAAAAGGCAUGUAUUAGAUUCAAAAUGGAAGCUUACCUCGUUUCAGAAGUUGGAUUUCACUCUAUCAGAUAUAUUGUCAGGGUUAACAGAACCCAAUCUGAUUGGGAGUGGAGGAUCAGGAAAAGUAUACCGUGUGGCUACGCAUCCAUCAGGCCUUGUUGUUGCUGUGAAAAGAAUUUGCAAUGACAAGAAGUUAGACGAAAAGCUUGAGAAACAGUUCCAUGCAGAAGUUCAGAUACUAGGUACAAUAAGGCAUUUGAACAUAGUGAAGCUGCUUUGCUGUAUUUGCAAUGACGAUUCGAAACUUCUUGUCUAUGAGUAUAUGGAGAAGCGAAGCCUAGAUCAAUGGCUGAAUGUGAAGAAGAGACCAACAAGUGUGGACUUAGACUGGCCUAUAAGGUUCCGGAUUGCAGUGGGAGCCGCCGAGGGCCUGUCCUACCUUCACCAUGACUGCUCACCACCCAUUAUUCAUCGAGAUGUGAAAUCAAGCAAUAUCCUUCUAGAUGCUACUUUCAAUGCAAAAAUUGCUGAUUUUGGUUUGGCAAGGCUAUUGGUUAAGAAAGGAGAAGCUAUGGUUUCUGUUGUGGCUGGAUCUUUCGGCUAUAUAGCUCCAGAGUAUGCUCAGACAGCAAGAGUGAACGAGAAAAUUGAUGUCUAUAGCUUUGGGGUUGUCCUUUUAGAACUAACAACUGGGAAGGAGGCUACCUUUGGGGACGAGAAUACAAGCCUAGCAGACUGGGCAUGGCGUCAAAUGAAUGAAGGAAGACCUAUAGUCGAUGCUUUGGAUAAGGAGAUCAUGGAAUCUUCUUACUUGGAUGAAAUGAGCAUUGUUUUCCAGCUUGGGGUAAAGUGUACCAGCAAACUGCCUUCUGCUAGACCUUCCAUGAGAGAGGUCUUACAGGUCCUACUUCAUUACAGUCAUCCCCUUGUUUAUGGAGUGAAGGAUAUGGGAAGAGAUGGCGAUGCCAUUCCCUUCCUAUUGAAUUCAAAGCAUGGAUAUGCAUCAGACUCUGAUGAAAAUGUCUAAUCUCUUGACUAUUGGUGCACUUGCAGCCAACCUGUAGUUUUUAGCAUAAAUAAGGUCACUUUCAACUAAGCAAUAGAAUGGCAUAGGAAAGCAAAUAGUCAUAAUGCUGUGUGGUUUUAUCACGAUCUCCAUGAAAAUUGUACCUGCUAGUUUAUGUAGAAUGCGUAAAACACAAUGUCCAUGGAGGGAUAGAGAUUGAAUUGAAGGCACUCCCUGGCAUCCCAAGUAUAGUUCUCACCCUUCAACACACCAAGCUCCAGGAUGUUAAGAAAACAGAGUUCUUCUUGUGAUGCACAGAAGUCUCUCGUUUGCAAAUGUUGUCCCUGUAUAAACUACUAUGAAAGUAAAUUUACGAGUUUUUCGCACUCCAUUUGUUAAA